UUCCAUUUCAUUUUAUUAUUAUUCGUUUAUUAAUUUCCUCUUUUUCGGUUGCACUCAAACUUUCAGCAGUUUCUGACUAUUGUGAAAGACCGUCUGGAAAAUAUUGCUUAGGCAUAUUUGAGCUGGUCAAAUACAUAGUGAAUAAUAUGAUAUUGUUGAAAUGAUCUGUGGUCUUAAGUUGAACUACGUUUCAUGAACUUGAGAUUUAGCCUUGAGAACAUUCAACCUUGGUUUGAUAGGUAGUCGUGUUAUCGAAUUAUGCAAAUCUUUCUCCAAAGUUUCCUUCUUGCUUUAUAUUCUCAUUAGUUCAUUACUGCCUAUAAAAUUUUUUUCAUCAUUGGCCUAUCGUGGUAGCUGAUUGGACUACCACUGCCAACCUUACGCAUCAUCUUUUACUGGCAUCCUUUCCAACUUACCUGAGUCCUGGCUCACUAAUCUUUAUAAAACAAGGUUCAUCUAUACCUUCUGACAGUCACUCUCUUACUGGAAAGAUAAAUUCUGGGAGAUUUUACAAUGAAAUCUGUACCAUAUGGUCGCGAUUUCUGUUCAGAUAGCUUCUUCAAUGGAAGUGAGAUCUGGGGAUCAGAUUUCAGAUUGUCUGAGUGCUUUCAGUUUUCACUGUUGGCGUUUCCUGGACUCCUCUUGUUCAGCAUGUUUUCACUUUCACUGCUGUUUAGGAAACAACAAAGUAGCAUCCCUGUUGCCUUAAUACGAUUCGGAGUUCUGCAAGGUCUCAGAAUGUCUCUUUGUGUAGGAGUUGUUGGAUGUAUAUUGGUCCUGCUUGUAUCAAACAUAGUUGCGGAGAUUUCUACUGGUGUUCGCUACGACGCUGUGCAGUACUUCUCUUUGGUUGUAUCACUUGUAUCUUCGGUUUUCUAUAUAUUACUGGUUGAAUACAAACGACGUGCCUGUCAAAUACGCUCGCAAAUGUUGUUUAUUUUCAUGUGCUCACUAUUCAUUUGUAUGCUUCCCCGCUUCCAAGGCUUAUUAAAUCCUAAAACCGAAUGGCUGAAUCAUCCUAUUUUCUACCAGAUUCAUCUAGGCGUUGUUUGUGUUUACAUUUGUUUAACGUUUGGAGAGUUGCUUGUUCAAUUCUUCUCACCUUAUAACGAAGAAAAUUCCUUACUGAGUGACAAAAAUGCUUGUCCGGAAUUAUGGGCAUCAGUUCCGUCCUUGUGGACUUUCAGCUGGUUGACAAGCACUAUUUGGAAGGGAUUCCGUGGCCGGAUUAAAAGUUCUUCAGAUAUAUUUCAUAUACGUCCUGAAGAUUCAGUAAGCGAAAGUUAUGGUCGUUUUGAGGAGGCUUGGCGUAAGACUUGUAAUUCAUGGAUAUACAGAGGAAAAUUGGUCACAUCAUUUUCAGAUGUAACAGAUGAUGAUGUACCACUGUUAUCAAAUUUCAAUGGAGAUACUCAUGCGGAUGAUAUGAAUGCUUCGGAAGAUACGAAAUUGUUAAAUGCAACCCCCAAUGUAGAUGUAAUACAGCCGUCUUCUGCCAACCGUGGUUCAAAUUCAUCCAAUGCAACAAUAAAUAAAGAACCGACAGUCAAGGCUAGUCCUUCACGUUGUACAUGGGGACUGUUUUAUGCUCUUAUUUCGGCUUUUGGUUUUCGCUUAUUUUGUGGCUGGGUUCUUAUUUCUAUUUCCGUAUUCUUCAACUACGGUACACCUUUGUUACUUGGAAUGUUACUUCAAUUCCUUUCAAAACCUGAAGCCCCGUUAUGGCAAGGAUAUUUUAUUGCAACUUCUAUGCUAUUAAUGCAAAUGAUAAGUGUUUUCUUGAUUCAGAAGGGUUUUUAUUCAUGUUUAUCAUUGGGAAUAUCCGUCCGUUCAGCGCUUACAUCAGCCGUUUAUCGUAAAUCUCUCCGGUUAUCUUCAGAAGCUCGGGCUGAGUAUACAACUGGUGAAUUAGUAAAUUUGCUCAGUGUUGAUGUGAAUCGUAUCAAGGAACUUUUUAUGUUCUCGUUUUUUGUUUGGGAUGCAAUCAUUGAGUUCGUUCUGGCAUUCAUUUUGCUAUGGCGUCAACUGGGUACAGCUGCAAUAGCUGGUAUCGGAGUACUGUUGCUAAUGUUGCCGUUAAAUGUUUUACUGAUGUGGGCUACUCAGAAAUUCGAAAUACGUGAAAUGAAGUUCAAAGAUAAGCGCAUGAAAUGUUUAGGUGAAGUACUUAGUGCUAUACGCGUUGUCAAACUUUAUGCUUGGGAAAAAGCAUUUCAAUCUCAAGUUAGGUCAAUUCGAAAAUCGGAAUUAGUUGAGCUUCUACGUGUUGUCUUAGGUUGGAGUCUGUGUCAUAUUGUUUGGAAUUUAGCGCCGUACCUUAUUUUACUGGUUACAUUCAUCACCUACCUUCGGGAGUUUUUAUUCGCCAAUGAUACUCUGCUAGAACGCUGGAGCGGGGGCAAUUCUCCUGCAUUGUUAACACCUGAGAAAAUUUUUGUUAGUGUCAGUUUGUUUAACUUAUUGCGCAGUCCCCUUAUCUUAUUACCGUGGAGUCUUUCAUCGUCAAUAAUGGCCCUUGUUUCAAUACGUCGUGUUGGUAUAUUUCUUCUGUCUGAUGAGUUAGAGCAAUAUUCACUGGACAAAUCGCCUCAUUCAUCUGGAAAUUCAUCGGAUGCGAUCACUUUCGAAAAUGCUUCAUUUUCAUGGACAAAGAGAGGUCCAUUAGUGUUAAAAAAUUUAAACGUACGCAUUUCUCGAGGAUGGCUUGUUGCUAUUGUCGGCAGUGUGGGUUCUGGCAAGUCAUCUUUCCUGUCAGCUUGUCUGCACGAUAUGUUUAAGAAAAGUGGAUCAGUUUCCGUUAAGGGUUCAGUCGCUUAUGUCUCCCAGGCAGCCUGGAUACAACAACAAUCCCUGCGAGACAAUAUUCGUUUUAUCACAUCUACGGAAAUUCAAUCUAAUCCUGUUGCAGAACAAAUGGAAGAAUUGUGGUAUAAAAAUGUUGUCUCUGCAUGUGCACUUGAAGCAGAUAUAGCUCAUCUACCCGGUGGUGAUAAAACAGAAAUUGGAGAGAAAGGCGUUAAUUUGUCUGGUGGUCAGAAGCAACGUGUCACCCUAGCUAGAGCUGUUUAUCAGCGUUCUGAUAUUUAUCUGCUGGAUGAUCCAUUAUCUGCAGUAGAUACUCAUGUUGGCAAACACUUAUUUGAUCAAGUUCUAGGACCAAAAGGUCUAUUGAAAGAUAAAACUCGAAUCAUCACUACUAAUUCAUUUCAUUGGUUGAGUUCAGCUGAUUGGAUUAUUGUACUUAAUAAAAAUGGUGAAAUUACUCAGUCUGGAACUUACGAUGAGGUCGUUAACGAUAAGUCUAGUCACUUUGUCGAUUACUUGCAUACUAUCGAGAAAGAAAAGUUGUCGGACAAAUCAGAUGUUUCCGGAAAAUCACCAUCUUCAUCACAGAGAAAACACUCACUUACAGCUACUUUUAGCAGAUCAAGUAGUGUGGCUAUAUCUGCUCACUCUGUGCCUGACAACAACCUGGCAAGGAUUUUAUCUCGAAGCCCGCCAAACACUUCAAUGAAGAAAUUAUCUUUGGAGAUGCCUUCUCCUUCAUUCACUGACAUGGCGGAUGGUGUUAAUUUCAAUACUGAAAAUAAUAUUUAUAUUACUGACGGUAUAGAGACAGAUAUUUCUACAGAAUUCCAACCUGAACAACAAGUGACUCAGCGUCGUCAUCGAAUUAGUGCUGACAAUACUAAUGAGGCUGAAAGCGCAUUAAUUAAUAAAGAUGACAGCGAAGAUCUUGAAGUUGGAAAGUUUAUGACAGAAGAAGAAAUUAUGCAUGGUCAUGUGUCAUGGUCAGCGUAUUGGCAAUACCUUGUUUCUCGUGGGGUAUUUGUAACUUUUGUCACGAUUUUAUCGUAUGCUGGAUUUUUAGCUGUUCAGGCCUUCUGUAACUAUUGGCUGCAGUGGUUUGCAGACGACAAGGUAUUAAUUGAAGCUGAGAAAGCUUUUCAAAAUUCAUCAAUAAUCGAUAACAACGAUACGGCUCGUCGUAUACUUGUGGAACAAAUUAAAGAGAGGACAUUAUAUUAUAUUAUUGGUUAUGCGUGGGCUGGAUUGGGUCAAACUCUGAUGAUACUAGCAUUUGGACUGUUCAACGCUUAUUCUAGUCUUAGAGCUGCUAACUUAUUGCAUCAACGACUUUUGACAAGAGUUCUUCAUGCACCUGCUAGCUUUUUUGAUCAUACACCUCUUGGUCGUAUACUGAACAGAUUCAGUAAUGAUGUGGAUAAUUUAGAUCAUACUAUACCGAAUGCAUUUAGUGAUACAAUUGGAUGUGCAGGUGACGUCAUUAUUGCACUGUUGAUAGUCACAAUAACUCUACGCCCAUUGGGUGUUGGCUUGGCUGUCAUUGCUCCACUGUUUGUAUUUUGUAUUACUGUCCUACUGUUUUAUAUGCCGUGUGUUAGGCAAACACGUCGAUUGGAUGCAGCUACACGAUCUCCUUUGUUAACAAAUUAUAGUGAGACAGCAGCCUCGUCUUUAGGUGUAACCGUUGUUCGAGCCUUUAAACGUGAUGAAGACUUUAUCGCUAAAUCAGAUCGUCUUAUUGAUGCUAAUGGUGUUCAUGAGUUUAUACGUUAUGCUGCAAACAGGUGGUUGGAUAUAAAUUUAAAUCUAUCCUGUAAUUUAAUGGUAUUCACGUGUGCUUUGAUUCUGGUCGCCUAUCGGGCGAACAUAUCUCCUGGAAUCGGUGGUUUAAUAAUUGUCUAUGCCCUACAAGUUAUCGAGUCGUUAACAUGGGUUAUCAAACAGUUAUCUCAGCUGGAGACCAGUUCAGUAUCACUAGAAAGAAUCUGUGAAUACAUACGAGUGGAACAAGAAGCUGAUUGGGAUCAUGGAAUCGAUAGUCCUCCGCCUGUUGAUUGGCCUAGACCUUGUUGUGAAAUAGCCUUCAACAAAGCAACAGUUCAGUACAAUUUACCCUCAAAAAAUAAAUUAUUAAAAAAUGAAGAAUUAUCGAUUGAGCAGAGGAGUUCAUCUGAUGCUGGAAGAUUAGUUACAGCACUGAAAUCUCUUGAUAUCAAAUUGAGUGGAAAUCCUCAAGAGCGUAGAAUAGGAAUUGUUGGUCGAACUGGUGCAGGAAAAUCGUCUUUAGCAUCCAGUAUAUUUCGUUUGGUUGAGCCGACUAUAUUAGAAGAAGAUAGAUUAACAUUACCAAAAACAUCUAAAUUGGGUCCGAUUAUUGUCGACGGAGUAGAUUUAUCACGUAUUGGUCUACAUGAACUUAGAUCUCGAUUUAGUAUUUUACCGCAGGAACCAACAAUCUUUUCUGGUAGCCUUCGAUUCAACUUAGAUCCGUUUAAUGAAUUACCUGAUUCAGAAUUAUGGAGUGCAUUGGAAUCUGCUCAUUUGGCCGAUUGGGCUAAAUCGACCAAUUAUGGCUUGGAUUAUGAAUGCGGUGAAGGUGGAUCAAAUCUCUCUGCUGGUCAACGACAACUUGUUUGUUUGGCUCGAGUUUUCUUAUCUUCUGGUGGUCGUGUUCGUUUGCUUAUUCUUGAUGAAGCUACAGCAGCCAUGGAUCCGUGUACAGAUGAUUUAGUGAUGAAUACUGUUGUUGGAGAUCGUUUUAAAGAUGCCACUGUCAUCAUAAUUGCACAUCGAUUAUCUACUGUGAUGAAUACAGACAGAAUUGUUGUAUUGGAUCAUGGCCGAGUCGUUGAAACAGGACAUCCACAAGAUUUAUUGAAAAAUCCAAAUUCGCGUUUUGCAGCAAUGAGUAAAGUUAGACACUUGUGAAACAAUUUAAAUAACACAGUGUGUCUGUCAUUCAGAGAUAGUUUUUACUAGAAAUUAUUUUCUUCAUUCAUUUCAAUGUUUGUUGUUUCUUCUUUUCAUUUCGUGCUUUGCUUAAAUAUGGUUAGAAACAUGUAAACAGAAUAGUUGUAGUCUUCAUUGUGUGUGUGUAUGUGUGUGUUUGAAACUCAUCUCAUUUGUCAUUUAUCACUUCUUUAUUGUUGUGUUUUUGGGGACAUGAACUUUUUCUUUUCUUUUACUUCGCCUUCCCCUUCAUUGUUUGAUUUACAUGUGAAAUAUUUUCUCUCUCUCUCUGUCUCUCAAGGUUUUGUUGUUGAGAGAUUCAUUCGCAUCGAGUUGUAAUUUAUUCUAUUGUUAUUUUAAUAAUAUAAUUCUCAUUUGCUUUUUUGCGCCUCAAUAAAAAAUUUAGAUAAUGAUGAUACAGGUAUUUACACAUUUGAUAUUCUAUAUUAGAUAAGGUUAUUUUAAAUAUCACACAUCGAUGGCGCAGUAUUAACAACUGGAUGACGUUUC